AUGUGCAAGGAUAAUUUAAAUCCAAUUUAUAAAAAAUUAUUUGAAAAUGGAUCAUUAGAUUGUAAUCCAAAUAAUUUUAUAAAAUCCCAACCUAUAAUAUCAUAUACUUUUGGUAGAGGAUGUCACUAUAAUGAAACAAUAAGAGUACAAAGACAACCAUUACUUUCAUAUUACAAAUAUUCAAAUCCAAACAAUGAUUAUUUCUUCAAGUAUACACCUCUUCUUAUCCCAUUUGAAGAUUUCACAAAUAUUAGUUGUUUGGAGUGGUCGGGUAGUGAACCAACUCAUUUUGCAAUCCCACUAUUUCAAUCUGGAAUGGGAGAAUCUUGUUACUAUGAUCCACACUAUCCAUGGAUUUCAAGUUGUAUUCAAUCACUUUAUUGUUCACCUUUAAACAAUACUUGUGUUGAUUUUAAUACAAUUCCAUCGUCCAUAGAUAAUUGUUAUGAUGAUAAAGAUUGUAAAUUGGAUUUGGAAAGAUGUGAAUAUGACUCUAGUGGUAAUGGAAAUUGUGUUCUUAAUAGUAUGUUAUUCAAUGGUACAACUGGAACUGUUUGCACAGAAAAAGCAGUCGACUUUUUGGUAUGCAAUGAAAUGUCAUUUGUUACAGGUAAAAGAGCCACAUAUCCUCAUUGUGGAGAUGCAUCAAGAUGUUUCCAAGAGUAUAAAGAUAUGGUAUUAAAUUGUUAUACUCCUUGUUAUGUAAAUCCUUUCCUACCAUCUAUUAUCGUUGGUGGUUCUAGUGCUGAACCAGAAGAAGAAUUCGAACAUGAUAAUUUUGAAAUGGGUGAAGACUUACCAACCGAAUUCAAUCCAAUGGAUUUGUAUAUAGAUGAAAGUUCAAAUAUUAUGGUACAUACUUCAACAGAACAACCUAUUCAACCAUCACCAAAACAUCAAGUAUACAACAAACAUAAACAUCACUCAUCCCCCUCUUCUACAACCUCUAAACAACAAGAUUUUACCAAAAACAUGGGACAUCAUAGAAGUACAUACUUAAGACUUGGUUGGGAUAUCUUUAAUGGUAUCAAAUUUUAA